CCCCCCGCUCUCUCCCCCCGCCCUUUUGGCGUUUUUUUCUAUUUUCAUUUUCUCGCUCCGGCGCUUUGCCACCCGCGCCCCGGGCCAUCCUUGCACCCAUGGAGCUGUCUGCACGCUUGCCCGUGGGGAGUCGGCUGGUGCCGCCUCUCCUGGCUUUCCUGUGGUUGGUCCUCACCGCGACCGCCGAGCACACGCGCGCACAUCUCUCGCACACUUGUGCCCACAACCGAAACUGGAAAAUCAUCCCCCACCAGUCCGGUGUUUCCUAUGACUUCCACUCGCCGUACCAGCAGCAACAGACGGAGGCUUGGGUGCCUCUGGUGGCCGACAUUGUCUCCAGCCAUCACACCCCCGAGAUGGUUGAGGCCAUCCAGCAGGCCACCCAAACAAUCACGAAGGAUCUCCUGGUGCCGCGCUUCUCCGGGAGGAUCGCUUUCCAGCCGGACCUCGAGUGCGUCGCAGCCAUCGGCGGCGCGCUGCCUUCUUGGCCCAACGGCGACGCCACGGGCCUGGUCAUCGCCCUGGCCGAGCCGCGCUUCACGACCGCCUGCGAUCGGGUCCGCGCUUCGUUGUUCUCCAUGACCGUGUGCCAGACGGAUCGGUACUACCGGCCACUGGUCAUCUUGCUGUCGGUAUGCGCACCGGUGGAGGACCUCCUCGCUGCGAAGGAGGGAGCCCUGGACCCGGUGGCCCGGACGGCCCUGCAGCACGAACUGGUCCACGCCAUGGGCUUCAGCGGGCAGUAUGUGCCCAACUGGCAGGACGAGCUGCCCGAGACCCCGGGCCCGAAGGUGGCCCAGGUGUCGGUCACCUCGCACGGGCUGCGGCGCUUCCACUUGCACAGCCCGGCGCUGGCUCGCCGCGUGGGCCAGCACUAUGGCUGCCCCUCCAAGACGGAUGUCCUGCUGGAGGACGCGGACUUCGGGGCCGAGGCGGAAAGCCUGCCGGCCGGGCCGCUGGAGCUGACUCGGCAGCAUGCCCUGCAUCUGGAGGCCCGGCACCUGGCCGACGAGCUGAUGUCGGCGGCGCCCAUUGACGCCGGACACAUGCUGCGGUAUGGGCCCCGGGUGACGGCCGUCACGCUCGGGGCCCUGGAGGCCACCGGGUACUACCGGUCCACGCACUGGGCCGCCGGGCGCCAAAAUGUCGGGACCAUCCCGCACUCGGAGCUGGGUCAGUAUGGCCGGUGGGUGGGCUGCUCCACGGAGCUGGCCUACUGCGUGGACUUCCUCUCCGGCGAGGUGCCCUUCCAGCGGCCGGCCGGCGAGGCGCCGCAGCUGUGCUCCCGGGUGCAGGCGGCCAGCAAGUUCACCGGCUGCUCGCCGGACUUCCGAUCGGUGGCCCUCUGCUCGCGGGUCGAAUACGAGCAGCCCAUCCGCCCGGCCGCCCAUCGGUACUGGGGCGGAGGCGUCAACAUGCAGGGGGCCUGGCAGCCGGAUGACUCGUCGCCGCUGGCCCGCCUGGGCGGGGCUCGCCCGGAGCGAGACUACUGCCCGGUGCUGGAGGUGGCCCGGCAUUGCGCCGGGUCCUGGCCCGGCCCGGAGCUGGCCUCCACCGCCGAGGUGUGGGCCGACUCGCAGCUCUGGGCCCUGCCCACGGACCACACGGCCCCCGGGGAGUCGAGCAUCCCGCAUGGGGCCGAGCCGGCCUGCUUCGAGACCACCAUCGCCUUUGGGAUGACCGCGCCGCCGGCCAAGCUGGAGAGCUUCGGCCGCGCCGGGUGCUUCAUGCGCCGGUGCCGGCGCGACCCGGCCACCCGGCGCCUGUAUUUGGAGGUGGCCCUGCCGGUGCAGUCGGGCCUGGCCCCCGAGGCGCCGGACUACUUCGAGCCGUACAUCUUCCGCGGGACCUGCCGCGACUCGAGGCAGGCUCUGCAUGUGCCCUUCUACGGGGCGGCCAUCGUGUGCCCGGACCCGGCGCGUGCCUGCGAAGGGGCCUACAUCUUUGAUGACGACCCGCCGCCGCCGCUGCCCACGCCGGAGCCGACCCCCGAGCCGACCCCCGAGCCCACGCCGGAGCCCACGCCGGAGCCCACGCCGGAGCCCACGCCCGAGCCGACCCCCACCCCGACAUUCAGGCCUACACCGAGGCCCUCGCCCACGCCGGGCGCCGGGUCCGAGGAGCCGGCCUCUGGCGGCCUGCUCUCGAGCCCGAUCUUCCUCGGGUCGGCGCUCGGGGUGGCCUGCCUUGUGGUGGCCGUGGCCGGGGCCACCGGGCUCAAGGUGUACCACGGGCACCGGCGGAUGGCGGCCACCCGGGGCGCCGCCGGCGUCGAUGUCGGCCCCUCCCACCCCCCGCCCGGGGGACCCGGGGCCGGUGGCCGGCACAUCGAUCUCGAGGCGGCCAGCCCGGCCGCCGGCCGGCAUGCCGCCAGCACCAGCAUCAAUGGCGAGCCGCCGAGCUCGGUCGAUGAUGACAAUGUGUACUGCUACUCCUUCGGCGGGGCCACCUUCCAGUAUGUCGGGGUGUCCGGCGGCCGGGGCAAGCGCAUGGCCGGGGCCGAUCGCAAGGCCACGGCCGGCGGCCCGGCCGCCGGGGCCAUCCUCUCCUCGGAGCCGCACACCGAUGAGCCCCGGGGCCCGGCGGAUGCCGGGUCCUUCCGGCCGGUGCCCAGCCAGGCCGGCCUGCCGCCGCACGAUUACCCCGGCUUCAUGCCGGGGGCCUACCGGGCCAUGGACUGCCCCGGCACCCCGGGGUCCGAGUACUCCAGCAGCAACUUCAGUGCCGACACGCCGCGCAGUACCACCGCCCUGCUGGACCGGAGCACCUUCCCCGACACCGAGGACGAGAUCGAGCCCAAGCACUUCCAUGCGCUUGACCUGCUCCGGGGGGCCCCCUUCCCGGCCGGCGGGCUCCAUGGCCAUGCCCCGGAUGACAAUGACACCGGCGGCCUGACCGAUUCCGAUGACGACCUGGGCCCGGGGCCCGGCCGCCGCAAGCACGGGGUCCUCGGCUUCUCGACCCUAGACCCCGGCACCCGGACCGUGGGGAUGUUCCACCUGCCGGGCCCGGCCGGGCCCGACUCCCGGCAGCACACCGUGGCGGCCCUGUCCCAGCGCCGGUUGAGCUUCCAGCAGCAGGGGUACUGCGCCGAUGAGGAGGACGGCGGUUUCGACAGCGACCUCGAGUCCACGUGGAAUCUGCACUCCCGGGCGGCUGGCCGCCGGGACAGCGGCACUCACCUCCUGGAGCGUGGGACCCCCGGGGGACAGCAUGGCGGCCCGCACCGGCCCGCGGCCGCCACCAUCCCCAGCUACGGCGGCAACCACUCCUCGGUGCCCAUCAUCCAGGCCCAGUCGUCCUUGGCCGCGGCCUCGCCGUGCCCAGUGCCAGGACUGCGGCCCACCGCGGCCGGGCCCCCGCACAAGGAGGCGCUGGCCCUGUCUUUCAGCUUCAUUUCCAACAGCUCGGACAGUGACUCCGACUCCGAGCCCGAGGAGGACACCCUGCAGGGCAGCACCGGACCCGGGUACUCUGCCUCCUGGGCCGAGGGCGGCCCUUGCGGCAUGGUGGUCCCGGUCCCGGGGCUGGUGUCCUACCGGCGCCAGGCCGCCCUGGUGCCGCACCACGGCGGGCACUUCCCCCUGUCCCCGGGGCAGUCGGCCAGCGAGGAGUGCUCUCGCAGCCCCAGCCCCUCGGAGGACUUCGUGGAUCCGCAUGCCCUGGCCAAGAUGGCGGCCCUUGGCCGGCCGCCGCUGCCCCCGCGCGGCAUGGCCGGGCGCCGGUCCGGCACCGGCACCGUCCUCCCGGCCGGGCCCCAUACCCCGGCCACCGAGGCCGGCUCCUCGGGGGCUUCCUCGGCCGGGUCCGCCUCCUCCUCCUCCUCCUCGGAUGAGGAGUCGCUCGCGCUGUCGGCCGCGCCCGGGCGCCUGCUGGGCAAUCCCCUGACCGAGGUGUGCCUCAUCGACGCUCCCUCCGGCGGGUCGGUCAUUUCGCGCUUCCUGGCCACCGGGGCCGAUGCCGUGGUGGUUGGCCCGCGUAAGCGCCUGGCCGAGGACGGCCACACCUCCCCGGACCAGGCCUCCAAGAAGAUCUUCACCCCGCGCGGUGGUCCCUCCGCCCCGGGGUGCUAUGUCCUGGCCCAGGACGACCAGCCGGUGCCGCCAGUGAUCCCGGCCCCGGAGCUGGAUCCCGCCGCCGCGGCCGCCGCGAGCGCCUGCCCGCCCGCGGAGCUGGUCCAAGUGGACAAGGAUUUCUGGCUCCGACUCAAUGCCAACAUCGAGCGCGGCCCCAGUCACGAUGACUGCCCGGCGCCGCUCCUCCAGCCGACCGAUGUCUUCGGCCAGCUGGGCGUCAACUUCCAGCACUUCCUCGGCGUCACCGAGGCCGACAUGGAUGACGGCCUCGGCGAGGUCCUCGAGGACCUCGGAUAGCCCACACCCCCCACAUGGAGUGCGGAGUCCCGCUGGAGGCCGAGAGAGGACCUACCGACGAGAGGCGGGCGUGCAUCGGGGGGGGGGAGGGGGGCGGCGGCGGCGAGGCCCGGACUUCGCGCGCGCCCCCCUCCCCCUUCAGAGACUCCUUCGCUCCUGCCAGUUUGCAAACACCAUUAGCCCUUGAGAAUAGUCCUUGUGAAAUAUACUUUACUUUCGAAA